CGAUGAAAAAUAUGACGAAGACGAAUCUCGUGUGCGUGCGAGCGUAAGUGUGGGAAAUGGGGGAAGCGAGGGGGUGGUGCAGGAAAUUAUGUAAAUCCCAACAAGCACCGAGCAGAGGGACGACGAAUCAUCAACAAUUCAAUGCACCUGAGGAAAAGUUCAUUGCUACAUUUGCUGUACUAGCGCUACCGUCAUCAGUCAGUCGGGCAGGCAGUCAAGCAGGCCAUUAGUCCUGGCAGUAAUUCAUAGGGAGUUUGUGGUGGUGGUGAAGUUCGUAUCUCGUGAACCAACACGGGGGAAAAAUGGUGCCCAAAACAAGUUGGUGAAUGAAAUAUAGGACUCUGUGUGUGCGCUCUCGUUUGUGCCUUGAAGGGGGACGAUUUUCAAAAAUGGUGACAAGUUUGUUUUUGUUAUUCUUUUUUCGCGAUUAGUGCCGAUGAAUAAGGUGGGAUGAUUAAUGGAUUAACGAUAGUUUCGCGGAUACGCAAUGCCAAAAAUAUGUUGUACAUUGUCGUGCAGUUAAACUAGUGGAAUGGAAAAACAAGAGCGCGGUGUUAGUACCGUAGUCUGAUUAUGGUGUCUUGAAGGGGAAAGAAACAUGAGAAUCUAGUCAAAUACAGAGAAGCAUCAGCGAUCUACCAAAGCUAAACUAAGCUUAACAAACCAAAAAUACAAGACAUAACGAGAGAGAGAGAGACCGGAGCUCGGUGUCGCAAUCGACCAAAACGUGUAAUAUGGAGCAAUGCAAUAACGAUCGUCCCUGUGUGAUCAGCAGCGGGAACUUUUUCCCGAAUGGAGCGCCGAAUCAGCAACAUAACCACAACAACAAUAACAAUAAUAACAACAACAACAAGCAAAGGCAGCAUCAGCAUCAACACCCGCACCACUCCCCGCCUCCGAUCAGCAAGCACCUGACGCAAAAGCAUGACCCAAACCUGCACAGUCCGACCAACGAUCAGUCGUCACUGGGCGAGAUCGAGGUGAUCUUGGUCCAACAGCACAAGCAGGACGCGCUUUCGGUGAUCAUUCACCCUCAGGAGGGCAUGCAGCAGAUCAACAUGUGCUUGAGCGGUUCCGGAAAUCCCGGUUCGCUGGACUCGAUCAUGUCGUCGGACUUCCAAACCCUGUCGCCGAUGCACGAUCGGGACUCGCCUGUUAGUAUCAGUGCAAAUACGUCGUACGCCACGUUGACCCCGUUGCAACCCCUGCCACCCAUAUCGACCAUGUCGGACAAGUUCGCGUAUUCUAUAGGAGGCAAUAUCUGUGAGCCGUUUCCCGGGAUGAACAACAGUUCCGUCGGGGUGAAUAUCGAGAUCAACUCGUGCUACAACCUGGAAAAGCUGGGCGUGAUCCAUUCGCCGGUACACAUCAACUCGGUCCAGGAGCUGUCUCCCACGGACAUCCCUCAUCACGGGUUAGACAAGAAUCACGUCCUGAAGGACGCCAAGCUGGACCACCUUUCGGAUAAGGACGUGGACGUGGCGGACUGUAAAAACGAGUGUAUCCUGGUACGUGCCUCUCCGAUUCCCUCGAAUCUCAGCUCAGUGGACGAUCGCUUUCUGACGUCGGCGGCGAAGCCGGAUCUUGGCCGACAGAAGGACGACACCGACCAGUUCACCAGUACAGUGCAAUAUCUGGAUCAUCCGAGCGAUUCGGAUGUGAUCCACGGUGGUGGCGUGGGAGGACCCGGCGGGGCCGGAUCCAGCGUCAAAGAUCACCACCAUUCGACCGUUUUUCUCAACAAGUCUUUCAGUUCAAAAGCAAACAUAAGCGACCUUAAUCUGUGUAAAGAAAUUGUUAUAGAUGAUGUUUACGAAGAGUCCGACUUGGACCACGUCAAGCUGGAGGAGAAGAAGCUAGAAGAUUCGCUGACCGGAGGGCACCAUUCGUCGCUAACGAACGGAGGUGGCAAGUGUGGUUCGAUGGGUGACGUCGGCUGCAUGAACGGGGACGUUGAGGAGAUCAACACCAAGGAGCUGGCCCAUCGGAUCAGUUCGGAGCUGAAGCGCUACAGCAUCCCGCAGGCCAUCUUUGCGCAGCGAGUCCUCUGUCGGUCACAGGGCACGCUGUCCGAUCUGCUCCGAAAUCCGAAACCGUGGUCCAAGCUCAAGUCCGGCCGGGAAACCUUCCGGCGAAUGUACAAAUGGAUCCAGGAGCCCGAGUACCAGAGGAUGUCCGCCCUCAGGCUAGCAGCAACUCAAUCGGCGAAACCAGCAGUGAACGCUAAGAAGCACGAGGAACCGGAACCGCAGAGCGUCAUGAUGGGACACUCGAAGAAACCGCGGCUAGUGUUCACCGAUCUGCAGAGAAGGACGCUUCAGGCGAUAUUCAAAAAGGAAACUAAGAGACCUUCGAAGGAGAUGCAGGUGACGAUUGCCCGGCAGCUCGGUCUGGAACCGACCACGGUGGGAAACUUCUUCAUGAACGCCCGGCGCCGAUCGAUGGACAAGUGGAAGGACGAAUCGAUGAAGGCGGCCCGAAACGGAGGCGGAGGAGGAAGCAGUGGGCUGUCGGGACUCGGAAUGAUGGGCGGCGGCGGAAGUAACAGUAGUAGCAACGAUAACCUUAUCCUGGAGCACCUGAAAGACGACUCGUCGGACGACGCACUCGGCGGUUACGAUAGUUCGUUUGCGUCCGAUGGCGGCCCGAUGGAACAUAACUAUCAGCAGCACGUUCUCAACUAAUAAAUUAAUUAUUUAAUUUGAAUUCAAUAUGGACGCCCAGUCGCGACUCACACACACACACAGUCACAAAGCAGCAAAGGCAAGCCAGUGUAGCAAAAUGGGGGAAGAGCGGUCGAAACGGUCGACGGAAACGGUGGACGGAGGAGAAUUAAAUAAAUUCACACGCGAAAAAAACAAAUAAGGAAAUGCAAACGCUAGUUAAAUAAAAAAUCACAACAAUAUGAGGAAAACAAGAAAACACAUUUAGUAGGAUUAAUCAGAGUACUACAAGAAAAAAAUAAGAAAAAAGUAACAAAAAAUCGUAGGUGUGUGGCUAUUCACGAAAGCUUGUGAGAAACAGAACAAAAAAGUAAAUAAU